GGAAAGUAGGGAAAGUGGGACAGAGGAGAGGGCGGAUGGUGUCGAGCACGCGCCUUUCAGGUUCAUGUCUUGACAACGCCAAGUUUAUCGCUUGCUUCCUUCUCGCGGAAGCGGCACGUUGUCGGCGUGUGCCAGUAUUGAAGGGGAAAACCUCAGUCAAUGCCAAAUUUGGGAAGCGGGGUGGAGGAAAUGGCAUUUCAGCUGUUUUCGCACACCGAGCGCUGCACUGCUGCUGCUGCCGCUGGUGACGCCUGGAGGGAGCUUUAAUAAAGCGGGAUAUACCUGUGUCUAGCAGCUGAAGAUGCUGAAUUCAAGUGUUUUAUUCUCGUCAUGGCAAACGGAACCGGCAGCAUCAUGUUGAAAUGCGUGGUCGUCGGUGACGGCGCCGUUGGAAAAACUUGUCUGUUGAUGAGCUAUGCCAACGACGCCUUUCCAGAGGAAUAUGUGCCCACCGUCUUUGAUCACUAUGCAG